AUGCCUAAAAAAUACGCAUUAAUCACCGGCGCUUCAUCAGGAAUCGGAUACAACUUAGCCAUCGAAUUACUGAAACGCGGCUACCAAGUAAUCGGAUGCUCACCACCACAAGUCAUAUUUGGUCAAAAGUCCUUGGAACAAGAAUAUGGCGUCAUUUCUAUUCCCUUGGAUAUAACCGAUAUCAAUAAUAUCAAAUCCGUGCAUGAAAAAGUUAAACAAUUGACCAACAACCAAUUAUCGAUUCUUUACAAUAAUGCUGGAAUUUCCAUUGCUGGUCCUGCUAUUGAAAUCGACGAAGAUAGAUUGGACAAGAUUUUCCAAGUCAAUGUCAUUGGCCAUAUCAACAUGACAAAAUGGUUUGCUCCCAUGGUUAUAAACACGAGGGGUACUAUUGUGUUUACGUCGUCAGUUGCUGCUAGAGUGCCACUUUCGUGGGUGUCGGCUUACAACUCAACCAAAGCCGCCAUUGACGCCUAUGCCUUGACGUUGCAUGGCGAAAUGGCGCCCUUUGGCGUCAGGGUCCAUUCCGUCAUUACCGGUGGCGUUGAUACUGCAAUUUGCGAUGCCAACGUGUGUAGUGCAUUGGGUGACUCGUACUAUGACGUGCCUGGAGUAUAUGAUUCGAUAAAUGCAUCAGCCAUGAUGAGUCGUGACUUGAAUAUUUCGCCUCAGAAGUAUGCUAAACAAGUGGUUAAGGAUUUAGUCAGAUGGAGAGACCCCGGUUUCAACUUGUUUCAUGGAGCAAGAAGUUAUUUCUUGCAUUGGGUGAGCAGAUUUUUGCCGUUGUGGUUGGUUGAAUUUGGAGUUCAAUGGCAUUUCAAGCAAGUUAGGGUAUUGAGGACCGUUGCUCGAUUGGCUAAAUUGGGAAGAUUUACAAAGAGGGAACAGUAA